UCCUUCUGCCCUCCCAGCCUUCUCUUCUAGUUCCUCAUUUGGGGUUUCAGCCGCUGGAAAGGUCUCGUAAGCAGAAACUCCCCGGCUACCAAGAGAUGUGAACAGAAGGCUGGGCUCAACCUCCAUCACGCCAGGCCGACCCGAGAGGAGGAACGAACAGGCAGAACUGGGCGGUUUGAGGCGUGUCCCGGAGCCACAGGGAAUGAAUGCGCGGCUCGAUUCAGGAAGCUUAAUUUAGCCGAGCGAGCGGAGGCUAUUUUUACCCGGCCUUCUCCAAAAAAAGCCGGAGGAGAGAUUCUGCUGGGGUCAGAACAGUUGUGGCUGUCGUUUCGGGUCCGUCCAGCGGCCGGGCGCAAGCAGGAUGAGCGGAUGCUGAGUGGCCCCCUUCCUGCCCAGGCUCCCUCGCGGCGAUGGCGGACGGGGACACCCUCUCGAUGGCCGAGUGGCUCCGAGCCCUCCACCUGGAGCAGUACGCCGAGACCUUUGAGCGGAGCGAGCUGCGGCGGGUGUCCGAUUGCCGGCACCUGACCGACCAGGCGCUGACCCACCUGGGGGUCCUGCUCCCCGGGCACCGCAAGCGCAUCCUCUCGGGGCUGCUCAAGGCCUUUUCCGAGGACCUGCCCACGGCGGAGGGCCCUGAACUGCCUCCGAGGAGACCCAUCCCCAAAAAGCGCAACAUCUUUCGCACGGGCACCAAUCCCCAUCCUUCUCCUCCUCCUCCUCCUCUGAUGGAGCGAGAGGCGGGUAACGGCUGGGUCAUGCCAACGGGCAAGAAGUCGCCCACUGGCCGAGGGUCAGAGACCGUCCCGGGCCUCCCCCUGGCGCCGCCUCCUAUUCCUCCGAGGACCAGCUGCCAUCCUCCGGUGAAGUUUUCCCCGCAUCCCCUCCCUGAGCUUUCUCCCGCAUCUUCUCUGGAAUUGGAUUCCCUGCUGGAUUUUACGUCUCCCUUGGUGACCCCUCCGCUGCCCGGAAACAGGCUCGAUCCAGACUUGCCAGUUCCCGAAGACACGAGGAAGCCCCCCUUGCCCGCCAAACGCCACCAGCUGGAGAGCAAGCCCCCCUCCCUGACGCCGCCCCCCGUACCUAGCCGCCCUCCCAUGUUGCCCCCGCGGCCUGGACACCAGAAGGCUGCCAGCAUCAGUUCUCCCGUGAAGGACAAUCCCCAGGACGCGGAGGAAGCCCCUGCUGUCACCCCCACCCUCUUUCCUCGGGCGAAGUUCCUGGAACAGCACUCUCUUCCCGAGGGGCCUUUGAAACCUCCCCCCCUUCUGCAGCCUGACUUCGAUGAUUCCGACUAUGAAGAUGUCCUUUUCGUGGAGGAAUUAGCCGUCCCCAUGGAAGAAAUGACGGACAAGGAGGAGGGGGAGACCACCCCACUGGAGACCCAUCGCGUGGCCCGGAUCAGCAGCCUGCUCAGUGAAGAUGAGUUGAUUGAGGACUACUUCAAGGCCGAAUCGCCCUCCAGCCUCCGCCACAACCACUGGAAGGACGGCCGGCCGAACUCUUCCUAUCCCGGGAGCAGCCCGUCCUUUGCCAUGAUGAGCCUCCACAGCGACAGGAUAGAAAGAGCAGAGUCAUCCACCGUGGUCAAGGCAGGAUGGCUGGACAAGAACCCUCCGCAAGGACUGCUGGACGUUUACUCCAAACGACUCAUCCCCGUGUCCUCGGUCACCCGGGUGACUAGUAUUGGGGACCAGAAAUUCGAGGUUAUCACAAACAACAGGACUUUUGCUUUCCGGGCGGAGAGUGAUGCGGAUCGGAAUGAGUGGAUCAAGGCCCUUCAGAAGACGGUGGACGAAAGGAAAUCGCGGCGUUUGGAGAGAGCGUCUGUCCUCCAGCCGACGGGCGGCAGCUUCGACUCCGUGGACAAAUGUGGUCUCUUGGAGCUGCGGGGUUUUAAAAACAAGCUGUACGUGGUGGUGGCUGGGGACAAGGUUGUCCUCUACAAAAACCUAGAGGAGUUCCGCCUGGGAAUUGGGAUCACCUGCAUCGAAAUGAAUGUCGGGAACGUCAAGGAUGUGGACAGGAGGGGGUUUGACUUGACAACGCCCUACCGGAUAUUCAGCUUCAUAGCAGAAUCUGACCAGGAGAAGGAGGAGUGGGUGGAGGCCAUGCAGCAGUCGGUGGCCGAGGCCCUCUCCAACUCGGAGGUGGCCGAGAGGAUCUGGGUGGCCGAGGCCAACUGCUACUGUGCGGACUGUGGGUUCCCCAAGCCCGACUGGGCUUCCAUCAACCUCUGUGUGGUCAUCUGCAAGAGAUGUGCCGGGGAGCACCGAGGGCUGGGGCCCGGCGUCACCAAAGUGCGGAGUCUCAAGAUGGACAAAAAAGUCUGGACCGAGGAGCUGAUAGAGCUUUUCCUCCAGAUUGGAAAUGCCGUGGCCAACCAGUUCUGGGCAGCCAACGUGCCCCCCAGUGAGGCCAUCCACGCCAGGAGCGACAGUCAGGAGAGGAGGCACUUCCUCGUGGCCAAGUACCGAGAAGGGAAAUACCGCCGCUAUCACCCGCUCUUUGGCAACCAGGAGGAGCUCAACAAGGCGCUGUGCGCAGCCGUGACCACCAGCGACCUGGCAGAGACGCUCUCCCUCCUGUUCUGCGGGGCCGAGAUCAGCUGCUACUCCGGGGAUCCCAGCUACCCGUCCCCGGUCGCCUUAGCGGAGCAGGCCGGCCAGAGGCUUCAGAUGGAGUUUCUCCUGCAGAACAAGACCUCAGAAACCCCUCAGCUGGACGCUGCCUCCAACCUCGAGAAGCACUACUCCAUCAUCCUGCCUUCCGUUGCUCACAAUGGCUUCCUCUACAAGACGCCUUCUAUGGCGAAGCUGGUCCACGAGCGGAAAUCCCGGGACGAGUUCAGUCGCCGCUGGUGCUGCCUCCAUGAUGGCGUCUUCAGCUACUAUGAAAACAACACCAACACGGUGCCCAAUGGAGAGAUCCGGAUGCAGGAGGUGGUGUGUCUCGUGAAUAACCCUCCGGACACUCAUGGUGCCGCGGAGAGCCUGCUGAGCCACGACUUCGAGCGGCUUGGGCGGCUGCAGUGCAAGGGCGGCCUCAACUUGGAGCGGGCCAAGGAAGGCUGGUUUGCCUUGGAGCAGUCGACGCUCUACACCUUUCUGGAAGGGAGCGAGAAGGAGGAGGCCGUUCACCUGAGGAAGCUGCAGGAGCUCUCCAUCCAAGGUGAGAAUGAAGUCCUGGUGCUUGUAGAAAGGAGAAGGACCCUCUACCUGCAAGGCGAGAGGAAACUGGACUUCCUGGGAUGGACCCAUGCUAUCCAGAAGGCGGCCGGCAGCUCCGGGGACACGUUGUCGGAGCAGCAGCUCACGGAGACUGACGUUCCUGUUAUCGUGGACCGGUGUAUUGACUACAUCACUCAGUGUGGCCUGACCUCAGAAGGGAUCUACCGGAAGAGCGGGCAAAAUUCCAAGACGACCAGUCUCCUGGAGAUGCUUAGGAAGGACGCGCGCCGGGUCCGGCUCAAGGAAGGGGAGCAUCAGGUGGACGACGUGGCCAACACCCUCAAGAGGUUCUUCCGGGACAUUAAAGAUGGGCUGUUCACCAAAGAUGCCUCCCAGGCCUGGCUGAAGGUACCAGCUGUGGAGGAUGCCAAGGAGAAGAUCGGCCGCUAUCGAAAGCUCCUGAACGGCCUCCCUGGGGUCAACCGAGCCACCUUGAAGACCCUCACCAACCACCUGUACCGGGUCCAGUGCUUCUCCGACAUGAACCAGAUGACGACCCACAACCUGGCCAUCGUCUUCGGGCCGACGCUCUUCCAGACGGACGGGCAGGACUACAAGGCCGGCCGCGUGGUGGAGGACCUCGUACGAUUCUACGUGGACAUAUUCAGUGUGGAUGAGGAGGAGAUGAGGAAGCAGCAAGAGGAGAUUACGGCCAUCAUGAAGAUGCGGGUGGCGGGUUCGUCCAGCGGGACGCAGCAAGCGGGGGACUUCAUCUGCACCGUGUACCUGGAGGAGAAGAAGACGGAGGCUGAGCAACAUAUCAAGAUUCCUGCGACCAUGACUGCCGAGGAACUGACGUUUGAAAUCCUGGACCGGAGGAAAAUUGUCAUGAAGAAGAAGGACUUCUGGAGCUGCUUUGAAGUCAAUGAACGGGAGGAGGCAGAACGGCCUUUGCACUACAUGGAGAAGGUUCUCCCCAUUUUGCACAGCCUGGGGAAAGAGAGCUACUUGGUGGUGAAGAAGCAGCUCUCCAUGGACAGCAUGUUGCUUUACUUAGCCAGCAAGGGGGGCGACAGCAAGCACGGGAUGAUGAAGUUCCGGGAGGAGAAGAACCUGCUGGGCGUGGGACUCAGCACCGGCUUUCACGACCGAUACUUCAUCCUGAACAGCGAAUACCUCCGCCUCUACAAGGAAGUCCGGGUACACAAGGCGGAGAAGGAGUGGCCCGUCAAGAACCUGAAGGUCUACCUGGGCAUCAAGAAGAAACUCCGCCCGCCGAGCUGCUGGGGGUUCACCGUCUUCUUCGAGAAUGAGAAACUGGAGAAGCAGCAAUGGUAUCUGUGCUGCGAAACCCAGAUGGAGCUCCGGGAUUGGUUCGCCACUUUCCUUUCUGUGCAGCAUGGGGGCAACGUGUGGCCUUCAGAGUCGUCCAAGAUCCGGGCUUCCCGGACUCCGCAGGAUUCCCGGCUGGGGAACAUCUCUCUGAUCCCACUUCGGGGCAACGAGAACGAGAUGAGGAACAGUGUCGCUGCCUUCUCAGCCGACCCUCUGACGCUCCUUCGGGAUGUUUGAAGCUGGAAGACGAACACGCCAGGUUUGUUUGCAAAAGACAAAAAAAAAAAAAGUGUGGAGGAGGUUGCCCGAAAAAGGAGCACUUUUCCAGCCGGGAAAGCUCGGAGGAGGGACUCUGGGAAUGGAAGGCAGCCUCUUUUUUCCCCGAAGCCCCCCUUCCCUCCUCCAAAGGCCACACACACAGCAAGGGCAGAGGAAACAGACAUGGUUUGUUGAAGGAAUCUCCCAGCCGGCGGGACAGCUUCUAAAGUGGACCGGUCAACCCACGAGCCUCUGCUGGGUGUCUGCAACCCGAGUGGAACGAAACCGAGAGAGGUGCGGAUGCCUCUCAGAUCCGUGGCUGCCAAAUCCACUCCCUGGCCAACUUUGGAACUGGGCACCGGAAUCUUGCUGCCUUUUGGUCGCCUGGACCUUCACCCGGUGCCCGUGCGGCCGACUCCUUCUUUCUGUCUAGCGGAGCUUGGAUGGCGUCUGUCCAGCCAUCUGCAGGGGACAAAGAGCAAGGGGGAUCUUGGGCAGCUUUUUGUUUGUUUUUUUGGUUUUUGCUGGGCUUCCCUGAUCUUUGUUUUGGCCAGUGACGGUGGUGGGAUCCAUAAAGCCAUGUGCAACGGAAUCAGCUUUCCCUGAUUCCAGUGCUGGUCCUGAAAGUGGACUGGGAUAAGGAAUGCCUGCCGCUUGUUGCUACUUCAGGGGAGAGCCUGCAAGGAUAGGAGGGACCGAUCGUCCUCCACCCUCUUUCCACGUGGCUUCAGUCAGUUGCCUUCCUGGGGAUGGUGUCACGAAUGCUGAAGCGUCCUCCUCUCUUCCCCACUUCCCGGAUCAGGCUAGGGACCCCCAUCCCGGCGGGUGGGUGGAGAGGAGCGAAAGACGCCAAACGCGGGCCCCCCCCAGGCUUUGUCCGUCGGGAGGGGAUGGGGUGCAGGCGCUUCAAACCCGCCUGCUGUGGGAUGGGGGGGGACAGGCAGCGGUGUCUCCAGUUCUUCCCGCGUACAGGAAAAUGGAAGGCCACCCACCACCUCCGGGAAGCUGCGAAAAAGGGGCAGGCACCAUCUUUCUCCAGCGGGGUUGUUCCUUGUCCGUCAUCUUUUUGUAAUAUUAAUAAAUGUAUGUGGAAGAUC